AUGGCGAAACACGCGCGCAAGAGACAGAAAACCGCUCAGAACAACCAUCAUGAACCUGUAUCGAACAAGGCAGCAAGGUUGGAACUUUUGCUUGAUGAAGAGAGCAAAGACGAUGAAGAAAGACGACUUGAGAGUAUGCUGUUCGGUGUGAAGUUUGUGCCCAAGGGGAAGGGCAAAGAAAAGAUGCCAGCUACAACUGAUGACGAGGAAGAGGAUCUAGAUGAUGCAGAGGAGGAGGCUGGUGGUAGAGGCAUGCAACAUCUAUUGGAUCAGGACUUAUUUUUCGUGGAUGAUAACAUGCCCAAUAUCCAAUCUGAUGUACCAAAAUAUUCUACAAGUCAUUCGGAUUCAGAAACAUCUGAAUCAGAGCCCGGAAGCGACUUUGAAUCCUCCUCAUCUACUUCGAGCAGAAAAGCGCUCCCAAAAUCUCUGACAUCUUCAAAAUCAAAACCGCCAGCUUGGAUUGAUACCGCUGAUAUUGAUUCACGCGCAAGGGUGUCUCUUUUAUCUGGCCCGACACGCCUGCGGAAACUCAGGCAAGCAGUCGACGAGGACGAAAUUACAAGCCGGGAGUACGAAACCCGCUUGCGUUCUCAAUUCGAGCGCAUCAACCCAGAACCGGCAUGGGCACGCAAGGCACGGGGAAAGAAGGCCAGAGACAGCGACGAUGAGGAAGGAGGCCUAGAGCAAGAAGGUCCUGGUGUUAAAGACCUACUUUCUUCGACGACGGGUAUUCUUGCUGAAAAAAAGAAGAAAGGCACUGCACCAGUCGUUUUGCCGCAGGGAAUAUUGGCAAUCGAGCGGGUCCGGGACGCGAAUCACUCUGUUCAGGGAUCUGGUAGCGGAGAAGUCAGAAUGUUAGCUUUCCAUCCUAAACCUGCAGUCCCCGUUCUUUGUGUGGCUACAGCAGAUCGGCGAAUCAGACUGUUCAAUAUUGACGGACAUUUGUCCCCUCUCCUCACUACUAUAUACACACCAUCGCUUCCCCUAAUCUCCAACACGAGUGUCCUUUUCCACCCACAGGGCAAUAGCAUGCUCAUUUCCGGACCUCGACCAUUCUUUUAUACCUACGACCUUCAACAAGGAACAAGCACGCUUCACAGACGCGGACUGUGGGGGACUGGGUUUGAGGAUUCUUCCAUACUGACCUCAUCUAAUUACACCGGCGGGAAUGCGAAGCGCAGACGGCGAGGUGGAGAUAGCACAACAGGUUCGGGUGGAAAGGGCGGGGGCGGAAACACAGAAACAGUGCUUCAUUCUGCAUUCUCUCCCGCAACGGGAUCAAUGCUUGCCGUUGCUGGUCGUGGUGGGAACGUACACAUCGUGGACUGGAAGAGCGGUGCAGGGCAGGUCGUUGCUUCUCUCAAGUGCUCUUCGAGUGGUGGAGGUGGCGGAGGAGGCGUACAGGGCCUUUGGUGGGUUCCUUCGAGCAGUAGCGGGGAAAAUGUGUUGGGGGGUGGUUCACACGCUUCUGCGAAUGACGAAAAGCAUCUUGCGGUGUUGACCGGGGAGGCGGAGGUGUAUAUUUGGGACGUUGCCCAGAGGAGAUGUGUGAAGCGGUGGAAGGAUGAGGGCGGCUACAGAGGUGCUGGUAGAGUGUUUACUGUGGGUGGUGGAUCAAAUGGAUCAAUGGCCAUUGGUUCUAGCAGCGGUUUCGUCAACGUAUACGGCUCGGACUCGUUCUCUGUCCCUGGAGACGGAACUUUCUCAUCUGGAUCUGAAAAACCCAAACUGGUCAAAGCUCUGGGGCAUUUAACCACACCCAUCUCGACGUUGAAGUUCAACCACGAUGCGCAGAUUCUCGCCAUGGCCAGCAAAGAUAAAAAAGAUUCUAUGCGCCUCGUCCAUAUGCCCUCGUUGACCGCCUUCAGCAACUGGCCAACGUCAAGCACGCCACUUGGGCAUGUUACGGCGGUCGAUUUCUCGGCACGUAGCGAAUACGUAGCAAUUGGAAAUACGCGUGGCAGGGUGUUGCUUUAUCAUCUCAAGGAUUAUGGCACUGGUGGUAGCUCGAAUGGAUUCUUUAAAAGUUAA